UGAGCAUCCAUCUCUGUAACUGGUGAUGAUUUAGAAACUCAGACAGACAAUGCUUCUUUGAUUUAGAAAAUUCGCACAAUGUUUUGAGGUUGAAUAAUUAAUGAGUCAUGUGAUAAUUCUAAAGUCCCCAAAUAUUCUUACCUUCAAAUACCAAAUCCUCAACAAACAUGUAUUAACAUAUUUCAAUCAAAAUAAUCAACAAACCUAAGUAUAAAAAUUGAAGCUGUUGUUGGUUAUCAUCGGCGGUUCUAGUUGCCGAAGAUUGGGAAGCUUCACCGGAAUAAUCGACGGCGACGAACGGGCGAUGAUACGAAGCUGGAUUGAAAUAGAGAAGCCUCACAUCCUCAAACUAUGGCGAACUGGGCAGAGUUGCCCAUCGAUCUGAUUACUGAGAUUGCAAAGCGUGUUAAAGUGAUUGAAGAUUUCAUUGCUUUUGGUGCCGUUUGUACCUCAUGGCGAACUGCUGCCCCAAAGCUUAAUUUUGAUGUGCUUUCGCCCCAAGUCCCAUUGCUUUUGUUAGGUGCCAAAGAUGACGAUUAUCGAGAAUUUUACUCUCUUUCCAAGAAGAAACUUUCACUCAUAUAUCUCCCGGAAGCUAGAGGACAAGAGUGUUUACCAUCCGAGGGAUGGCUUUGCACCGUGGCAAAUAAUACGGGGGAGAUGAACUUGUUGCAUCCUUUCUCUCGAAUCAAAACACAGCUUCCCUCCCGAAAAGACUUACUGUCUUUUCAUGGUUUCGAUUAUCUCGAAAGACAACGUGAAGGGAAACGUUGGCACUGCAUAGACAAAGCUAUCUUAUCUGCAAAUCCAUCUCUUACAUCAGAUUAUGCGUUGUUGGUGCACUAUUAUGCAGGAGGUUCUUGUUUGGCUUUUUGGCGACCCAGAGAUCUUAAUUGGACGGAGAUUGAUGUUGUUACUGAUGGUGGAGUCUGCAAUAUGAUUUUUUGUAAGGGCCAAUUUUAUUCCGUGAGUUACCGUGGGGAAGUAUGGGUUUAUGAUAUUGCAGGGCCUAGCAUUGCUCAACCAAGUGUACAAACACGCUUGCUUGCUGAGCUUGAAGAUGAUAUGUUUAAGCUGCCUUCAGUUCAGUUCUACCUAGUUGAGUUAUCUGGUGCAUUAUUACUUGUUACUCGAUAUGUCAUUUUAGUUGUAUGUGUCUUAUCUAAAGGUUGGAGGCUGAAGCAGGUUUAAUCCCAGGUUCAAUAGUAAACAAGUUAGUAAAUUUCAGCUAUUGUGCACACACUUAUAUCCCACUUAAGAAGGACCAUUUUCUAGCAAUAUACCUGUAAAAUAUUUUGCUUGAUAAUUUCAUAUGCUGAUGUUACGUACGGUGCUCGAGAUCAGAAGAUGUUAUACUUGCAUCUGUUACAUUGGCAAAGCUGAUCAAUAAGAAUUAUGUAUAUGUUAAUAUUUGCUUUA